AUGGUGGCUUCCUAUUUACUCCUCAUUUUCUUCCUGGAGCUUUCUUUUUCUAGUUCUCAUUCAUGGUCCUAUAUUCUGAUCACAGGAACUUUUACGGGCGUGAAAUCGGAUUCUCAACAUCCGGAGAUUGGAUCUGAAGACGACUGUAAGGCCUUGUGUCAGAAGAAGAGAGGAUGUUGGGUAGGUUCAUAAAAAAAAUUUGAAGGAAAUGUAGAAAAUCGCAAGAUCUAAUUUAAUCCUAAGUUAGAGGCUCUAUACAAGCUUCAUGAAAGGAAAGUCAUGAUUGUAACAAUUUUUAAAUAGUUUUCUUCCCAAAGUCCAUGUUAAAAUUUCUUUCUCAACUUCCUCAGGGCUUUUCCUACAAAUCAUCCUGUAACUUGUUCAACGCCACCGCCGAUGACGUCAUGGUCAAAAGGGGAGAUUCUGGUGACGUCAUAUGGCUCAUGGUCAACUACAACUUGACGACGUGCGCUUCUUUUGAAGACAUUCAAAUGGUUCUGACAAACUGUUCCUUUUCUUUUGGAGUGGCAAGUUCAGAUUUGGUCGAAACCAUAUUAUAUAAGUUUUACGUGUGGGGUGGUUCAGCCGACGUUUCAAUUGAAAAUCAACGUGGUAGGCAAUAAUCUAAGGUAUCAUAAUGAGUAAACGUAUGGUUUAUUCUAAUUUUAGUGUUGCCUUGACUACCAAUUCGACCAUUUCAUGUGGCGGCGUGUGCGGUAGCAGUUCCAAUUCGACUUCUUGUUUGGGAGGAUAUCACAAGACUUUCGAUCCUCUCUAUGGAGAUUUUGUCUGUAUUUCAGACACUAACCAAUAAAAUACGAAAAUAUUUGUUGAAUUUACCCAGUCAUAACUAUUCAUGAUCCCUUCGCGGAAUAAAAUGAACUUUCUAUCAAAGUUAGCAACCGCAAAUACAAAAAGGUUUGAAGUUCAAAAGAUGAGUUAUUUAAAAGAGUCUGAAACGUCUGCGCUCUCUUUUCUCUCACCCACGAGGUCAUAGAAACGCAGUAAGGUCCAAAAAAGACUGUUUCAAGCCGGACUAGUAAAUUACUACCAUUAACUGAAUGGUUUUUGGUAACAUUUCAGGCUAACCUUCCCUCGAAAUUUCGUAGAAAUAAGUCAUCGGAAAAGCACCAUAGAGGUCUGAGAAAUUUCUUAAUUUAUAGUUUCACAAAAAAAGAGUAACCAAAACAACGAAAAAAAGAGAAAAAUCUGCCAAGAAACGACUCCGUUUUUCUUACCCUCUCACUUCCAAAAAAUGUUGGCUCACUACUUCCUCCUUGUUUUUCUUCUGAAGCUUCUUCCAAUCUUUGAUUCAGCGUCCUACAUUCUCAUCAGAGGAACCUAUACAGGUGUAGAAAAUCAGUCUCCCUAUUUAGAAAUUGAAUCUGAAAGCGAAUGCAAGGAUAUGUGUCCUGGGCUGAAAGGAUGCUGGGUUGGUUUUUUUUUAAAUUAUGGUAAAGAUGUUGAGGGAAAUAAAGCUUCUAGCCCUGAAAAAAUGGAACUUGUAAGAUUUUUUUUCAAAAGUAUGAGGUGUAAAAGUUUUUUUUCUUGCUCUGAGGUCUCGGGCAAAUUCAGAAUGGUGAAAAAUGAUCGUCAAACAAGAGAGGCUCAAAAAUGGCUUCACAAAGGUAGCAAAAAUAGUCUCUUCACCGAGUUUUUCAUUGUUUCUAGAUUUAUCUAGUUUCAAGAGAUGGUGGAGAAUAAGAAUGGCAGCAAAAAUGGUGUAUAAGAGCUGAUGAAUUGGCGCAAAAAGGCUGCAAAAAAGGGAACUUUUCUAUGGAGCCUCUUUUCACCUUUUCCGACUUUGCGUAUGUUCGAAAAAAUUCUACAGUGAAUCACAGCCAAGAUUUAGCGAAAUUUCAAUCAGCCACCAAAGAAACUUCCUUUGUGAAGUCUCAUUCCUCAAACAUUCUCGUUACCUUUCCCUAUAAACCACUCUAUUUUCCUAGGGCCUGUCAUACGACCCUCAAACCAGCGCCUGUAACGUGUUCGACGCCUCGGUCGACAACGUCGUCGUCGAAAGAGAUCAUUCCGGCGACUACAUCUGGCUGAUGCUCAACUACAACCUGACUUCAUGCGGUACUCUAGAAGACAUUGAAAUGGUUACUAUAGAUGUCUUCUUCUUGAAUCCAAAAUCUCAGCGUUGGUCGAAACCCUGGUGUCAAAACUUCACUUGUGGAUUCGUUGAGCCAGUCUUACAAUGGAAAAUUGAAACUGGCGGCGACACUUUCAGGUAAUUAAAUAAAUUGCCAAAUAAAGUCCUAGUCUCAUUUUCAGCACAAUCGUCGCUCCUAAUGAAAAUGUCACUUGUGGAGGCAGAUGCACCUUUCCUAAUUUAACUUGCACAGAAGGACAUUUAGCGCAAGUGGUCUUUGGUAAAUCUGUUUGCAUAUCAACUUGAAUCGUACUCUAUAGAAAAACUUUGUUGUCAAUUUUUCUUUCGAAAAAAUUCCUUCAACUCUUGAUGACACUUUUCCAAAGUGUACUUUAGAACCCACUCUUUUAGGAAUAUAAAAAAAAAGUUUGAAAAAUACGCAAGCCAUGACAGCAAAGCCCUAUUUCAAGCGUAUUUUGAUGCGUCUCAACUCGAAUUUUUCUUUUUCCUCUCUGGGAUCAGUAGGUCCUAAAUUACAUUUCAAGUUUCAAAAUCUCAUCAGAGAUCAAGGAAUUCUGCCCUUGUAAGAUUGAUAGAAAUGUCCAGAAAAAGGUACCCCCCCUCUUCUGUUUUUCAUUACAAACCCGCCAAGAAUCAGCAGUUUCAAAAAAAAAAACUGACUUUUCAAAUUUUCAGUUACUUGAUUAAAAUGCCAAGAUUGUACGUAUCUGAUGUAAAUAAAUUAGUUUUAUCAGCAAAAAAUUGUGAAUAAGAUCCAAAAAACGGAUCACCGCACCGUGUCGUUGCAGACUAAAAAAUGAAACUUAAAAAAAAUGUGCCUGAGAGGGUCUCCUUCUUUUAAAGAAUAAUUAUCACAACUGGCCAAGUUUUGGAUCCUCAAAGUAAGAAUUCGAUCGAAACAAAAUGAAAAAAACCGCGGCCAGACUCAGACACGUUCCCAUCCAAAACACACUUUUUGAAAAACGACAUAAAUAUUCGAAUCGCAAUAUUCAUCUGCAAAUUUCUCUUCCGACGCUUGUUUCCCGGUUGCUAACCAUCAAAACGUUAUUUCGAAGCAUUGCAAAAGCAUGUCGACCCAUUAUUUGCUUUUAAUUUUCCAUCUACAGCUUUGCUUCCCAAUUUCUCAUUCAUGGUCCUAUAUUCUGAUCACAGGAACCUAUACGGGUGUCAGUUCCGUUUCACAACAUCCAGAGAUUGGAUCUCUGAGCGGUUGUAAGACACUAUGUGAAGGCAUAGCAGGAUGUUGGGUUGGUUUUCGACAUGUAAAAUGCCAAAUAAAAUUACCAGGGUUUUUCCUACAAGUCAUCCUGUAACUUGUUCAACGCCACUUCCGACAACGUCGUGGUCAACAGGGGAGAUACGGGGGACGUCGUCUGGCUGAUGGUCAACUACAACUUGUCGACGUGCGGUUCUAUAGAUGACAUCCAGAUGGUUUUUGAAGUUCAAAAAUUUUUUUGAAAUCUGAAUUAUAGCUAUGGUCGGAACCAUACUGCAAGAGCAAGAAUUGCGGUUACGUUUGGCCAAAGUUGCAAUGGCAAAUUAAAGUUCAGGGAAAUACUUACAGGUAGGUUCAGAGGUAAUUAGCUCCUGAUCAUAAAAUUUACAGCUCAACAACGGUUUCUAGUGAAAGUGACGAGUGCAAUGACAUAUGCUUGUUCCCUCAAACUUCUUGUGCAGAAGGGUAUCAUAAGGCCGUUGCGAAUAAAAGAAAUAUUUGCGUAGCAAAUUGAAGUUUGCAAAAUAAUUUGAUUGUUGCUUAUUUUUCUCGCUUAUUUUUUUAGUGGUAAAUAAAAAUUGGAAAUUUUGUGAAAUCCGAUUGUAUCGUAUUCGCCCGAUUUCUUUGCAUUAUACCCAAAAAGACAAGUUCAAACCUUUCGCCAAUUAUUACGUGUUCAAAAUGAUCUGUUCUAUUUUUUUAAACGCUAUGAUGUCGCUACGCAAAAAUUCAUUUUGAAGACAUUAUUUUUAAAAAUUGUUCUUUAUGGUCCGUUCGCUGCAAAAUGAAAAUUUUCGAGCGUCUGCGUCUCUCUGUCCCCUUACCGACUAGAAAAAUGGAAACAGCACAUCAACUAGGAGAGCUCAGAGAUGUCACGUUCUUUCAAGUCGCCAUAAUCGUACUAUAACAGAGAAUCGGGCCUGAUACGACAACUUUGAAAAAAAAACAUAUACUCAAAAAUCUUUCAACCCAUUAAUUUUUCAAAUUUUUUCCUUUGUCUCCAUCCAAAUUAAAACCUGAGUCAGUAAUUUCCAGAAUAUUUUAAAAAGGUCACUUCUAAGAAAAUGAGAAGAAAAACAAAAUGACAGAAAAAGGCAUAGUUACUCCGUCGCCAGACGGGGCGUGGUUUUCAGGUUGCUACCCAUAGAAAAGUUUUUUUCAAACUUCACCUUAGGAAAAAGGAUGUCGGCUAACCACAUUUUUCUCAUUUUCCUCCUGGAGCUAAGCUUUCCAAGUUCUCAUUCAUGGUCCUAUAUUCUGAUCACAGGAACCUUUACGGGUGUAGGAUCCGAUUCGCAACAUUCAGAAAUUGGAUCUGAAGACGACUGUAAGGCCUUGUGUCAGAAGAAGAGAGGAUGUUGGGUGAGUUCAUGAAAAAAAAAAACUAUGAAGAUAAAGUAGGAAAUCGCUGUUUGAUCUUGUCUGAUAGUUAGUCAUCAGAAGGAAAAUUUCCAUGCUUCAUAACUAAUUAAAAAAAGGGUUUUGAGCUCAGAGAAGCUCAUUAAGAGCCUAAUGUUCUUUAUACCCGUUUUCAAAAAAAUCUCUGAAAUUCAUUGCAUAUGAGACCAAAAAAAGGCUUUCAGAUGAUCUUUUUUUCCGCAUAUUUUAAAAGCAGGGUCUCGCCGCGAAAGGCACUGGCUACUCCUGAGGCUACUGUAGACUCCUCUUUUUUGUUUUUCACAUGCUUUCUCUUGAACUUAUCUCCAAGCUUUAGCUUCCUUCCUAUUUUAAUGAAAAAAUACGAGUCUUCAGUGUUUUUAGUCGCUCAAAUCCGGAAAAAAUAAAACUGAAGUAGUUAUGAAGAUCAAAAAAUAAACAAAAAACAGUUUAAGGAUCAUAAUUCAGUUAUUCCCUCUGAACUUUCUAAUGCCUAAGGUUAUACUUAAUGGAUAAGAUGAAUUGAAUCAAAAAAACUUCGAAAAAUCUGUCUCACUUCCUUAAAAUAAUCAAGAACACUAAAUACUAGCCGAAGGCGGGUCUCGCCGCGAAAAAGAAUGUCAGCCACUGGGAUUACUGUAGACUUAUUCUUUUGCCUUUCUCUAUCGUUCUUUGGUCCCAAUCUUGAUAUAACUGAUUAUUUUUUUCUAUUUAAAAAAAUCAAAAAAAGAGUCUCAAGAAAAUAUUGAGAACAGAAUAUCUAAAUAAAAAAAGAGGGAAGAUGCUCCAAUCAUCAGGAUUAACACAAAAAACGGCACAGAAGUUUUUUCUCAAUGUUUUACACCUAAAUUUUAAAAAAAAUAUAGAAGUAUACUUGUUUGAUAUUACUUAUCUAGUCAAAAAAAUCGUAAAAAAUAGUUCUUCCCUUCUUAUAAAAAUCAGAAUUAGAAAAAACUCUGCGCUUUGCGUCACGCAACGAAAAUAAAAACGAGGCCUGAGACUACGGUAGGUCGCAGUUUUUGUUUUUUUCCUCUUCUAUUUAGUCGUAUUUGGACUUUUUUUCUGCAAUGAUCGAGUGUUGUGAAAUAUAAUGGUCUACCAAGCGUUUCAAAUGGAAAAAUCGAUAGAGAAAGGUCACGAAAAAUUAAAAGCCGCCAAAAAUUUACCAAAAACUUGUUCAUUGAUCUUGUUUCAAUGUUUUCUCUUAGAUUUCUGAAUGUUUCCGAUUGUGCCUCACUGAAAGAAUAAAAUAGAUCAAAAAAAAUUCAAAAAACUGUUCUUAAUGCCUUAUAUAAAUCAAAAGAGAAUGGAGACUCUAAAUGUGGGUCUCGACGCGAAAACGAAUGUCUGUCACUGAGAAUACUGUAGGCCUUGCUUUAUGGCUUUUCCUCGACCCUUACUGGUUUUUUUUUAUAGCAGAGUGUACGAAUACGAAAAACAAUUCUUCUGUUUGUGAACUGUCAAUAUUACAGGGCUUCUCAUACAAUACAAUCUGCAACUUGUUCAACGCCACCAGCGACGCCGUCGUGGUCAAGAGAGAACAUCCUGGUGACGUCAUCUGGCUGAUGCUCAACUACAACCUGACAAAAUGCGGCACUUUGGAUGACAUUCAGAUGGUUUUUGAAGUUCGCAAUCUUUCUUGAAAUGCAAAUCUUAGCUUUGGUCGGAUCCGUACUGUGUAAAUUUCACGUGUGGGGUCGUUGAGCCGAUGUUACAGUGGAAAAUCGAGGUGCAGGGGAGCACUUACAGGUAAAUUCCGUUCAAAAUAAUCAGUUUUAUUAGUCCAAUUUUCAGCUCAGUCACUGCUGUCAAUGAAACCGUCUCUUGUGGCGGUUUAUGCUUCUUUCCUUCGACUGCUUGUCUGGAAGGUUACUCAUCACAUGUGGAUGAUGUAUAUCAUGAUCAUCUUUGUGUACCUACCCCCGAUUGAUGUAUUUCAGUUGUUACUUUUUUGGAAUCAUCAAAAAAUAAAGAUUCUGAUGAUUAUCCACUUCUCACUUUACCCACCAAAUCAGCCAGAAUUCUCCUAUAUCUGGCGCAGUGGUAGUGGCCUAGCGGUAUACAAAAAAGGUCACAAGUUCGAAUCUUUCGCCGGCUCUAACUUUUUUUUGCCAGUUUUUCAGAUUUUACCCGUCAUCCCAAGCUACUAGAGAAUGAAAAAACUGGCGAAAGUUAACAAGGUACUCCAAGUCCCUAACACAAAAAAAAGGGGCCGCAUUUGGAAUGGCUCAUCUCAAUUGUCCUCCUCCUACGUUAUCUCUAGUCCAAGACCCUAACCCAACACCAAGUGGCCGCACUUGGAAUGGAUCAUCUCAACUCUUCGUCUUACGUUGUCUCUACUCCAGGACCCUAG